UAGAUGUAAUCUAAUUUUCGUGCUGAUAUGGCUUAUUUUUGAGAAAAGAAAUCAGAUCAUAUUAGAAUCUUAUCUGCAACCUUUGAGAUUGUGGAGAACUCUUUAACAAAGAUUUGAACUGAUGAGUGAAGAUACAAUGUUACAUGGUUGAAACUAUAAUAUUGUCUGGUGUUUUAAAAGUAUGAAUCCAAUCACCAUGGCACACAGGAAUAGAGAUCAGUUUAGAAAUGGUGCCUUUCUACAGCCUGACUACAACUGUUUUAAUGACAUUAAUGACAAUUUCCAGAAUCAGUUAAGUCAACCGCAGCCUAGUAUAUUUGGUGCUCAUGACAAUUUCCAAUAUCAGCCUUGUCAACCGCAGCCUGGCAUAUUUGGUGUUAAUAACAAUUUUCAGAAUCAGCCAUGCCAACCGCAGCCUGGUAUAUUUGCAAAUAACAAUUUUCAGAAUCAGCCAUGUCAUCCGCAGCCUGGUAUAUUUGCAAAUAACAAUACCCAGAAUCAGCCAUGUCAUCCACAGUCUGGUAUAUUUGCAAAUAACAAUACCCAGAAUCAGCCAUGUCAUCCGCAGCCUGGUAUAUUUGCAAACAAUAAUACCCAAAAUCAGCCAUGUCAUCCGCAGCCUGGUAUAUUUGCAAAUAACAAUACCCAGAAUCAGCCAUGUCAUCCGCAGCCUGGUAUAUUUGCAAAUAACAAUACCCAGAACCCGCCAUGUCAUCUGCAGCCUGGCAUAUUUGCAAAUAACAAUACCCAGAAUCAGCCAUGUCAACCACAGCCUGGUAUGUUUGGUGCUAAUAACAGUUUCCAGAAUGAGCCAUGUCAACCACAGCCUGGCAUAUUUGGUGCUAAUAACAGUUUCCAGAAUGAGCCAUGUCAACCACAGCCUGGCAUAUUUGGUGCUAAUAACAGUUUCCAGAAUGAGCCAUGUCAACCACAGCCUGGAAUAUUUCGUGCUAAUAACAAUUUCCAGAAUCAGCAAUGUCAACCACAUCCUGGAAUAUUUGGUGCUAAUAACAGUUAUCAAAAUCAGGCAUGUGAACCGCAAUCUGCUUAUUUUGAAGCUAAUAACAAUUUACAUGAUCAACCAAGACAAUAUGGUACUGACAUCAGUUCUCAACAACGUCAAUGUCAACCAUAUUGUGGUACAUCUUGGUCCAGUAAAUGUAUUCCAAAUGAACACAGACAACAAAAUAAAUGUUCUAGUCAAUUAGACCACAUGCGUAAUAAUAGGAAUAUCAAUGGUUCUUUUGCUCAUAGGAAUAAUUCUGCCCAUAAAGUGCUAGGUAGUGAUAGUGCUCACUUUAAGUAUAGUUCUUCCAACAUGAAGCAUGAAGCUAAUUCCAGGCAAGAGUUACAUAGUUCAAGUUUAGUUGAACACAGGAAUGUUAGGAAACUAGAAUUGUAUCAAGGUUCAGGUGAAGUUAACAACAAACAUAACGUUAAAGUUGUUAACAAACUGCAAAAGCUGGAGAAUUCAGGUAUAGUUGAACAAAAGAAAGUUAAGAAAUUAGAAUUGUGUCAAGGUUCUGGUGAAGUUAACAACAAACAUCAUGUUAAAUUUGUUAACAAUCUGCAAAAGCAGGAGAAUUCAGGUAUAGUUGAACGCAAGAAAGUUAAGGAAUUAGAAUUGUGUCAAGGUUCUGGUGAAGUUAACAACAAAUAUCAUUCUAAAGUUGUUAACAAAUUGCAAAAGGAGGAGAAUUCAGGUUUAGUUGAACACAAGAAUGUUAGGAAACAAGAAUUGUGUCAAGGUUCUGGUGAUGUUAACAACAAACAUCAUGUUAAAGUUGUCAAAAAACUGAAAAAGCAGGAGAAUUCAGGUAUAGUUGAACACAAGAAAGUUAGGAAAUUAGAAUUGUGUCAAGGUUCUGGUGAAGUUAACAACAAACAUCAUGUUAAAGUUGUUAACAAACUGAAAAAGCAAGAGAAUUCAGGUAUUGUUGAACACAGCAAUGUAAGGAAACUAGAAUUGUGUCAAGGUUCUUGUGAAGUUAACAUUAAACAUCAUGCUAAAGUUGUUAACAAACCGAAAAAGCCGGAGAAUUCAGGUUUAGUUGAACACAAGAAAGUUAGGAAACUAGAAUUGUGUCAAGGUUCUGAUGAAGUUGACAGAAAACACCAUGAUGCAUAUGAAACAUCACUUACAGUAUUUUACAAAAAGCAAAGGCAGGAAUUGUCAAAUGCCAAAGAAAAAACAGUCACAGUUGCACAACAAAAAAAGAGCAAGAACAAGCACAAAGUACAAAAUACUGACAACCUUGUAAAACAUGAAAAAGAAAAAUCAACCAAUAAAGAUGCAAAGAAAGCAGAGAACAUUAAUCCAAAACAACAAAUAUAUCAUGCCAAGAAAGAAGAGACUUUGAUCUCAAAAGAAGAAUCAUUGAUUUCAAAACAAGAGCACCAUGCUUACAGAAUAGAGACAGUGAAUGAACUAAAUGAAAAAGGUUGUACCAAAACUAGAAUUCCGAAGAUAAAAAUGUUGCAGGUUUCACAUCUAAGGAAAAAGAAUCGUAUCCCAUUUUCAUGCAAACCCAACAAUGGAAACCCAUUAUCAUCACCUAAAAAGGUUUUCAGUUUUGCCAUCUCACAAGAAAAGGGAUCAAACACCAGACAUAACAUUCAAGAAAACAAUUCUUCUAUUAGGAAUACUGAAAUAAGCUCAUUGCAGUUGUCAAACACUGGGACAAAAAACAACGUUGGUUCAAAUGAUCCAGACAAUAGUAAAAUCAGUAAAAUUGUUAAAAGUUUUGAGAAACCUCCAAGCGCUUUUGAUGACAGUUGGAAAAUUCCUAGAACCAAAACAGCUCAAAGACUUCUGCAGUUGAGACAGAAUCUACCAGAUAGUGAGAAAAUAAGGCUUAAAUAUGUUGGACGAAAUAUAUGCCGUUUCUUAAGAAUAAAGAAAAGAAAUAACAGGAUUCUCAUAAAAAGAAACGCUCAGUCUCUUCAAACCGACCCAGAAUGUGUUAAAACCAGAGAGAGACGUUCAAGCAAAGAGAAACAUCCUAAAGCCUUCACUGGUUUAAAAAGUCUACCAAAAGGUGGAAGAUCAAAAAACGUUAAAAAAUCAAUGAUGUCUUCCAAGAAGUUUACAAUUGACAUGCAUUCAAAGAGGAAACAAAGAGUAAACACACAAGAAAAGGGUAGACACAGGACCAGACUAUAUGAAGAAGACAGCCCUAAUAUUAGAAAACAAGUCAAGCAAACUAGAUUGAAAGGCAAAAAAUCAAACCAAACAAAAAGUAAAUAUGCCAAAUGUACAUCAAACAUCUCAAAUACACAGUCUACAUGUGUUAAACAGAUCACCACAUCUAGUAUCAAUCUAACCCAAUCUCCAGUGAGAGAAAGAGAGCCAUUAAGUGAACCCAUUAAGAACUCAAACCAGUUGGAGAAGACCAAAUCAGUUACCAAAGAUGAAGAAAUGGAUGACCCCAUUCCAAAAUUGAAGGAAUCUUUAUCCCAUCAGGAAGAUAGAACCAAGCUGAAAAACGAAGCCCAUUGUUUAAAAGAAAUUCCAAGUCCUAUAGAAAAUGUCAAAAACAUUGAUAUUCAUGAAGAGACAGAGAUACUUGGUAAAGUUGCAGUUGCAUUAAAAAACUGUUUUGAUGAUAAUGAACUUACCUAUCAAUCCCUUGAUGUCCCACCUUCUGGAGAUAGGAGCAAUAUGACUUCAGGUGAUCUUACCAGUUUGAUUAGAACAUAUGAUAUUUCAGACUCUGAGCUGAUCUCCAGGCCAGAUCAUGAAAAUGCUCUCUUGGAAAAGGAUUUUGAGACAUUAUUAGAUGUGAAUUCGAACACAUUGGGAAUAUCAAUGAAAGAGACUUCAACUGAUUCAAAUUAUUCAGAUGCAAAGCUAUCUGGAGUUACCUUGUUUGAAGAACUUGAAGAAAACACAGACCAGCUGAAAUUUGACAUCGAACACUGUAUUGAUCUCCUGGAUAAACAAGAUAUAAUGUCUCCUUCAGAUUCUGAUAAUACAUUCCAGGUUAAAAUACCUCCAGAAUCUGAACCAGUAAAGUCCGAUGAGCCACCUCUACUUGAAAAUGAAAUGAAUUUGGAAAGUUCAAAUCUCAUGUAUAAUUCCAGACCCCCUACCCUUGACAAACAAGUCACUCGUACAGAUGAUUCUCAAAAGAUAAGUGACUUUGUUGAAGUUGCUAAGACCAAAGAAAUGACUGGUGUAAAUAAAAGUGGUGCUGGUGAUAAUAAUCAGUCUGUAGAGGUAGAUGAAAACAACAACAUGGCUGACCCAAUAACUACUGUACUUAAAAAGAAAGAGAAGAAACGAGUUGUUGGUGGUACAAAACGGAAAAGCAACAAACAAAAAGGUUCGCCUAAAAGAAAAAGGAAAAGGCAAUGUUCUAGUGAAGAACACCAAUCUGAUGAGAGAAACAAGCAGAUAAUAGAUGUGACAAAGGAUCAUAGCAUGCCAUCAAAUGUAAACAUAUGCACAUUUGGAAGCACAACUCUUGUAUUGAUGAAAAAUGAAGUACAUUUAGAAGAUUCAUGCAUAACUCAAAAUAACCUGACAAUAAAAAAUGAUAGCACAAUGCAAGAUCUUCCCGAGGACUAUGAAUCCAGUGGUGAUUCUUCUCUUUGUGAAUUCAAAGAUUUCAAAUGUCCAAAUUGUGCAUACUCAACCUCUUAUGUAAGAUUUUUUAAACGACAUAUUGCUCACCAUAAGAAUGUGCAUUUGUUAAAAUGUGACCUGUGUUCAUACAGUACAAAUAAGAGUGUGUCAUUAAAACGUCAUUCUAGAUGGCAUAAACAUGUGAAAGGCCAAAAUGUUUUGAAGUUCACCCCUCAGAAUACCAUAAAGGAUAAGUAUUCUUCCACAGAUGAAACAAAGUUGACUCCUCGUGAUACUAUGGAAAUUAAGAAAUCAACCUUAGAUCAGGGAAAUUACGACACUAGUGAUAUUUUAGAAAUUAAGAAAUGUACAAUAGAUGGGGCAAAGUUUCCCCAACGUGAUUCUAUAGGAAUAAAGAAAACCAAGGAUGAGGAAAAAGUCAACCCACAUCAUUCUUCAGAAACUAAGAAACCCACCAUAGAAGAAGUGAUAAUUCUUGAACCCGAUGACUUGCCUGAUGAUAUCAAUGUAUCAGAUAUAUCCACAGACUCAUCUUUACCAGAUUUGAGCAGUGUAAUUCAUAGCAAACCUAUUGAGAAAUCUAUCAAAAAUGAGGCAAAAGUGACAUCUCAUGAUACCAUAGAAAUUAAGAAAUCUACCAAGGAUGAGGUAGAGUUGACUCCACAUGAAACCAUGGACAUUAAGAAAUGUACCAAAAAUGAGGCAAAAGUGACAUCUCAUGAUACUAUAGAAAUUAGGAAAUCUACCAAAGAUGAGGUAGAGUUGACUCCACAUGAUACCAUGGACAUUAAGAAAUGUACCAAAGACGAGGCAAAAUUGACCACUCAUGAUACCAUAGAAAUUAAGAAAUCUACCAAAGAUGAGGUAGCGUUGACUCCACAUGAUACCAUGGAGAUUAAGAAAUCUAUCAAAAAUGAGGCAAAAUUGACCUCUCAUGGUACUAAAGAAAUUAAGAAAUAUACCAAAGAUGAGGUAAAGUUGACUCCACAUGAUACCAUGGAGAUUAAGAAAUCUACCAAAAAUGAGGCAAAAUUUACCGCAUGUGAUAGUCUAGAAAUUAAGAAAUGUACCAUAGAUGAGGCAAAGUUGACCCCUUACGAUACUUUAAAGACCAAGAAAUCCAUUAUGGAUGAGGUAAAAUUGACAACCUAUGAUACUAUAGAAACUAAGAAACCCACCAUAUAUGAAGAGAUAACUCUCGAAACAGAUGUUUUGCUUGAUGAUAUCAAUGUAUCAGAUACAUCCACGGACUCAUCUUUACCAGAUUUGAGCAGUAUAAUACAUAGCAAACCUAUUGAGAAGGACUCAGAUGCAAAUGAAAGAGUUGAAAGAAAACUGAGAAGUAAAACACAGAAGCUGCAUGUAUCAAGAGCUUAUGAAAGAAAAAGGUGUAGAACACACUUCAGUUCGGAAGCAUCUGAUGAACUGCCAAACAUAAUUGUCAAACGUAGAGCAACUAGAGUGCCUAGGGGUUUGCUUAACAUGCUUGACAACAACUGAAUUUUUUAUACAGUUUGAUCAACAAAGUGAAUCUGACUAGCUAUGUGCUUUAAACAGUGAAUGUUUAUAAUGGAGAAAGUAAUUUUUCUUUGUAUUUUUUCUUAAAGUAAAGUAGCCAGACAUUAAUCAAGGCAAUAGAAAUUAUAGUAGAAAGAAUUUUAUGUUCACAGACCUUACUGGGGUGUUGUUAAGUGUUUAUAACAAAUAACUGAAUAUAAUUAUUGGUCAUAUUUUGAUGUUCUACAAUGUAGUUUUCUUGCCUGGUUGAGGCCAAUAGAUUUGUUAUUUACUGUUUGAAUUUGUACAUGUUUACUCAGUAUUUAGACAAUCACACAUUUUGUACUUCUCAUUUUGGCAAUGUUUUACAAUAUUUUUUUUAUUUUUUCCAAAUAUUGAGAUGUAUUCAUUUAAAAAACACCAAGAGAAAAGGCCUUAUUAAAAACUGCCUAUAGUAAGUAGAAUUCCAGUGAAUGAUCAUGAUUGAUGAAACAUUUCAAAGCAUCAUUAUUCAUUAAGGUUAAUUUUUAGCAUAAUUGGGAAUGUGUUAUAAAGCUUAUGUACUGUAGGUAUAUAAUAUUUAGUUUUGAAAUCAUUUGAUAGUCUACAAUAAGUAUUUAUCGCUAUAGUUGAUGAUCAUGGCUAGAAUCAUAAUUUCCCUCUGAGUCAGAGAGAUGAGUUCUAAUUAUAGGUAAUUUACUUUGUAUUUCUCUGUUAUAUAUGUUUUUGUAUUGUAUACAAUUUACAAAACAUGAUGAUCUCACACAUCUUCAUUUUGAAAAGUAAGAAAAUAUUUUUGUACUAGAAUUUUGUAGUUUUGUUAAGACUUUUGAUUUUCAACCCCUGUAUUCAACAAGAGGAGAGGAUACCCA